AUGGCGCCCGCGGCGGGCCGGCCGGGGGUCCUGGGCCGCCUCUGCCGGGUGCUGCUCUUCCUCUCGCAGUUUUACAUCUUGUCGGGCGGUGAAAGCACCGAGAUCCCGCCCUACGUGAUGAAGUGCCCGAGCAAUGGCUUGUGCAGCAGACUCCCCGCCGACUGCAUGGAGUGCAGGACCAACUUCUCCUGCGUCUACGGGAAGCCCGUCACCUUUGACUGCACGGUCAAGCCUUCUGUGACCUGUGUUGAUCAGGACCUCAGAUCCCAAAAGCACUUCGUCAUCAACAUGACCUGCCGGUUUUGCUGGCAGCUCCCGGAGACGGACUACGAGUGCACCAACUCCACCAGCUGCAUGACGGUGUCCUGUCCCCGGGCCCGUUACCCCGCCAACUGCACGGUGCGGGACCACGUGCUCUGCCUGGGUAACCGGACGUUUCUCAAGAUGCUCUACUGCAACUGGACCGGCGGCUACAAGUGGUCCACAGCCCUGGCUCUGAGCAUCACCCUCGGCGGCUUCGGCGCGGACCGGUUCUACCUGGGCCAGUGGAGGGAAGGCCUGGGCAAGCUCUUCAGCUUCGGCGGCCUGGGCAUCUGGACGCUGAUCGACGUGCUGCUGAUCGGGGUCGGCUACGUGGGGCCCGCGGACGGCUCUCUCUACAUUUAG